AUGAUAGAGGAUGGAUUCUGUCCCCCCACCUCAGCUAUUCUGUCUUCCCGAAGUGGUGACAGACGUUCAACUCGUGAGCGACGCUCAGAGCGUAGUAGAGAUCGCGAUCGAAGUGGACACAGAAGUAGUCGACACGAUCGCGAACGGUCUUCCAGGUCGUCCCGUCGUAGCAGACAUCGCUCCGGUAGCCGCACUUCCACACGGCGUGAAUUCGACUCUCCGUCAAAAUCUCCACAUCAAAUGAUUUCCGAGGAUUCGCAGACGCAAGACGGGCCUUCAUCCUCUUCUAAAGUAACUGAUCCACUUGCUGUUGCGGCAGCUCGCGCGGCCAAUAUUGCUGCUGCUUUGAAUUCAUCGAAUUGA